ACAUUGGAAAAUGCAACGCAGUUCUGUCAAAAAAUUAGCGACUCAGCGCGGCCCCGUUUACUUUGCGAGUAGCAUUCAUUGUUCGUUUAUUUUACUGAGCUAAAUAAGUAUAUAAAUAAUUAAGUAAGUUUGAUUUCAAGAAACUAUUUCAAGUUGCAGACAAGUAUCUCCAUCAAUUGGCCGGAAGCUGAUUGGAUGAAAGUGGUUUUAUCGGUUUGAGUUGUCGCCCUUGUUUGAAAAUUGAAUCGCGAUGGCUGAUAGCGCUGGAGAAUGGUGUCUGAUUGAAAGCGAUCCGGGAGUUUUUACCGAACUGAUUCGGGGAUUCGGCGUCGAAGGAGUUCAGGUCGAAGAACUGUGGAGUCUUGACGCAGAGCACUUCAAAAACCUUGAACCCGUCCAUGGUUUGAUUUUCCUGUUCAAAUGGGUCAAGGACGACGAGCCUGCGGGAUCAAUUGUACAGGACAGCCGUCUGGAGAAGAUCUUCUUUGCCAAACAGGUGAUCAACAAUGCCUGUGCAACUCAAGCUAUUCUGAGCAUUUUGCUCAAUGCAAAGCAUUCGGAUAUUCAGCUGGGGUCGACUUUGUCCGAUUUCAAGGACUUUUGCGUUUCGUUCGAUGCUUACAACAAAGGUCUGGCCAUGAGCAAUGCUUCCCAGAUCCGGACGGUACAUAAUUCGUUUGCUAGACAGACCCUAUUUGAGCUGGAUAACAAGCAGGCCAACAAAGACGAAGAUGUGUUCCAUUUCGUGGGUUAUGUCCCGAUCGAGGGUCGUUUGUACGAAUUGGACGGAUUGAAGGAGGGUCCAAUCGAUUUGGGGGCUGUUGGCGCAGGGGAAGACUGGCUGAAUGUGGUCCGGCCCAUAAUCGAAAAACGCAUCCAGAAGUACAGCGAAGGCGAGAUCCAUUUCAACUUGAUGGCGUUGGUUUCCGAUCGGCAGAUGAUUUACCAGAGAAAGAUUGACCAACUUCUGCAUGCCAGCGGCGAAGAAGAAAUGGAAACCGAUACCAAGCAGAACGAGAUCACCAGACUGCGGAUGUUGAUUGAGGAUGAGGUAGCCAAACGCAAGCGGUACAAGGUGGAAAACAUCCGCCGAAAGCACAACUAUUUGCCACUGAUUGUGGAGCUGUUGAAAAUUUUGGCCCAAAACGGUCAGCUGAUGCCGCUGUACGAAAAGGCCAAACAGCGGGCAGCGGAACGGGAAACGCAGGGGAAAGCGGGAGUGCAAAAGUAGGGGGAAAUAAUUAUUGAGAGCUAAUGUUCGUUUCAAUUCGAUUGACGAACCGAUAGGCUAGAGGCAUUUGGAUUUGAAUAAAGAUGUAUUCUGAACACGGAA